AGGAGCCGCCCCCGGGAGGUGUGCCAGGCGGGACUGCCGGCACUGGAGGGGCGGGACCGCGGCUCAGAGCUCCGGAGGCUCGGCCGAGAAGCCCCGGCUACAGCAAUACCGCUUUUCUGAAGCCGCAAAACUGGAGAUGGAACUGGAGCUCUGCGGGGCCGAGGCCCCGGCCACUGGGCAGCGGCUCCUGCAAGCCGAGGCCCCGGCGGAGAACGAGCCGGAGGCGGUCUUCCUGCGGAGCGGCCGAACCGGGAACAUCCUGCGCUGGUUCACCACCGCGGUCCUGUGUGCCGCCUUCCUAGGGCUGGGAAUGAGUGUCGCCAUACUGGGACCCACAUUUCAAGAUUUGGCAACAAAUGUGAAUACCAAUAUCAGUGGUCUUUCUCUGAUUUUUGUGGGCCGUGCCUUUGGAUAUUUGACUGGUUCUGUGAUUGGUGGAUUUCUUUUUGACUGUAUGAAUCAUUUUUUAAUUUUGGGGACGUCAAUGUUGGCUACCACAGUUGGUCUUUAUCUUGUUCCUUUUUGCAAGAGAGCAGUACUACUGAUUGUCAUGAUGUCCGUCUUUGGUGCUUCAAUUGGCAUUCUGGAUACAGGUGGUAACGUCCUUAUCUUGGCUAUUUGGGGGGACGAAGGAGCCCCACAUAUGCAGGCCUUACACUUCAGUUUUGCUUUGGGUGCCUUUUUGGCUCCACUGUUGGCCAAACUGGCAUUAAGUACGACCGUGUCUGGCGAAAACCACACAGAGGCUGAUUUCAGUAACCAGUCUGCCCUCAGCCCAUCAUCUGAAGCUGACUCAGAGUCUAUAUUUGGAGUACCAGACGAUAUGAAAUUACUGUGGGCUUAUACAGUUAUCGGUACUUACAUGUUUGUAGUUUCUGUAUUUCUUUUUGGUCUGUUUUUAAAGAACAGUUCAAGACGUGAUAAAGAAAAAACAUCUGCUCGGACACUGCGGAGAGCAAAAUAUCACAGAGCCCUUCUUUGUCUCCUUUUUCUGUUCUUCUUUUUUUAUGUUGGAGCCGAGGUAACAUAUGGCUCUUAUAUUUUCUCAUUUGCAACCACCCAUGUUGGCAUGAAAGAAAGUGAAGCGGCUGGGUUGAACUCCAUCUUCUGGGGGACUUUCGCAGCCUGCAGGGGCCUGGCAAUCUUUUUUGCGACAUGCUUGCAACCUGGAACCAUGAUUGUGUCGAGCAACAUCAGCAGCCUGGUUUCAUCGUUAUUGCUGGUGCUUUUUAACAAGAACCCACUUUGUCUCUGGGUAGCAACUUCAGUGUAUGGGGCGUCCAUGGCGACAACAUUUCCCAGUGGUGUUUCUUGGAUUGAGCAGUACACGACCAUCCAAGGCAAAGCUGCCGCAUUUUUUGUGAUUGGUGCUGCCCUGGGCGAAAUGGCUAUUCCUGCAGUAAUUGGAAUUCUUCAAGGAAAAUACCCUGAUUUACCUGUAGUUCUGUAUACCUCUUUGGGGUCAGCAAUAGCCACUUUUAUUUUAUUCCCUGUGCUGUAUAAAUUAGCCACUGCACCUCUUAAACAUCAGCGAAAAGAAAGAAAGAAUGAGGACCAGAAAGCUUUGCUCUCUAGCUCUGGGCUGAAUGACUAUGAAGAAGAGAAUGACGAGGAAGAUGCAGAAAAUUGGAAUGAAAUGGACUUUGAAGUGAUCGAAAUGAAUGACACAGUGAGAAACUCUGUGAUAGAAACCUCUAGAAAUAUUUUGAUGGAGCCUACCUCUGAAGUCUGCAACCAGUCAUUCUCAAAUGCAUUACCGUUUGAGUCCUCUGCAGUUAGUGGUGGCAACUACCCUGUGAAGCAUUUGACAGAAACCAGGAAAAAAAGGACUAACGCGCUGGGAAGAAGAUGGAUUACUUAUUGACUUCCUUGAGUAUUGCCAUUUCUAAGGACGCCAGUCAGAGCAUUAGCAGAUUUUCUACAUGCUUUUGGGGUUCAAAAUUUCCAGGUCAGAUUAUAGCAAAUGUUAAAAAGUUUUGAAAUGUCCUGUAAUUUCCAGUAUCAUCCAUAAAGACCCAGGUGGUCUCAGACAGUAAUAUCUUGUUACGGGGCUAAUGUUUGGCAUGUGACUGAUUAGGUAACAUUUUAUGGACUUUACCCCUCAGAGCAUGCAAAGAAAGCGUUUGUUGUUGAGAAGUUGGGUACUUUUCUAAUAGAAUGGAAUAAUCUAAGAGUUGAAUUGAUUAGCUGAACAAAUUAUCAGGCAUCAGUAUUUUUCCAGGGAAGCUGAGGAUAGUAAUUUCAUAAAACAAUUCGAAAGUGGACAGAGGUUUGUAUUAAUUGCUUUAUCCAGUUUGUAAGGUUGACUAGACGAUGGUAACCACUCGUUUGAUUCUGAUUUCUGAACACAGAGCAGGGCCCAAGAGACCUGGCUUCAAGCUUUCUGACUGCACGAAGUCACUUAUUUAGGCCUCGUUUAUCUCAUCCCAUGUGCAACUCUGUGAUCCCCAAAGUGAAAAUGAAAUGAUUUCCAAAGUGGGCAUCCAAAGUUUUAAGGUUUGUCCAAGGUGUCUGCUAGAAAUUAAUGGUAAGUGCUACCUGUUCUUCAUUUCAGAUGAGAAGUGAAACAAAAAUGAUAAACAGCUUUAAGAGUGUGGUACUGAUUGUGAAUAUGUCUCAAUUUAAUAGACUUAAUGUUUAAUACUUUAUUUGAGUAAUUAUCUGAAGAAUACUUUUUUGAGUGCUUUAUUCCAUCUAUUCUAAGAUGUAUUUUUUUCACAUUUUUAAUAUCUCCGAAAUCAGGAUCUUACAGCCACUGGUCAUGUAAUAUUGUGACAAAGUUUAAUUGACAUUUUUUUUUCCUCAUAGAAGUACAUAAAAUAAUGGUGUGUUUUAUAAUCAGUGUCUUAGGGUCAGUGAAAUACAGUAAUUUGUUCAAUUACUGAGAUCAUACUAUUUUUACGGAUAUUUUUAUUUAAAAGAAAAGUUAUUUUUAUAUGCAGUUUUUUUUUCUCGAAUUAUGCUCAAAUGGGAUUUGGAGAUGCUGUGUUCUGAUUUUAGCAACUGCUUCAGAGUUACUACGUUAGUAGUAGGGCCGUGAAGGGGUCUCUCGAGGUCAUUUGCCUACUUCGGGUUCAGAGUUGGUGAACGGCCUUGCAGUUCGGGACUCGAUUCUCAUAAGCAUUGUAAACCAGGCUGCUGGUUUAAUUUCCAUUGAGGCUCAGGCUAUUCCAGUGAUCCCGAUACCUGUGUCGCCCAUCCACGUCUCCGCCUUUCUAAGUUUGAAAUACCUGGGAAACCUAAGCAAAGGCUAGAAGGUGCCUUGUUGGGCUAGGAAUCAGGGCUCAGAAAAGGUAUUUCAGAUGAGGAAUGGCAAACUAGUAUGGGAUAUCCUUUGAUAAAUGACUGAAAUUGACAGAUACUGUUUACCUCUCUCAAGUUUUAUGCUGGAUGACACCUAAUUUCUACCUGGUAGCACUAUAUAUGCUUUUUCUUUCUAAGUUCUAUAAAUUUGCCUUUGUUUUGUCUUAAGUGAAAAUGCAACACCUUUCUUGACCGCUGCCCAUUCACCUUAUGUAUCGGCCACAAUAUUCGUUCAUAUUAAUAACAACUUGCGAGGAGGAUGGUAGAGAAAUCAACAGUAAAAAAAGCCUUUUCCUCUUUUUUCGAAAUAUUGUAUCCUUAGGUGGAAAUCCUGUGGCGUAGUGGUUAAGUGCUAUGGCUGCUAACCAAGGCAUCGGCAGUUUGAAUCUACCAGGCGCUCCUUGGAAACUCUAUGGGGCAGUUCUACUCUGUCCUGUAGGGUUGCUAUGAGUCAGAAUUGACUCGACAGCGCUGGGUUUGGUUUUUUUGUACCCUUAGGUAGAACCAGGGCUUUGAACCAGUUCAUUCUGGUUCCACCCCCUCCUGAGAAUUUGCAAAUUCUCAGAACGGGGUGAGACCAGAAUGAACCAGUUUGAAGCCCUGGAUAGAACUAGAGAUUACUUUUGUUCUUCUUCUGCUUUUUCUCAGGUUGUUGGCAUUUAAGCAGAAUGAGCUAUUUGGCAGCUGGGAGGCUUGCUAGAACAGGGAUCCUUCCUGUAGUAUCUCCUUUUAGAGGAUGAAGGAUACAGCUCAGGGAGAGAAGAAUGGUAAUAACAUGAUAGAAGAUGGGGAAUCCACACCAGAAAAUCCAUUAGGUUUCCACAAACCAAAGUGUUAAUGGCCAUAUGAGAUUACAGGCUUCGUUAAAGUUUGAGAAUGUAUUUCCAUAUUGGAAGGAAAAGACAGUACAACUAAUUCCAUGAAUUAGUUGAUCAUUAGAAUUAUUCAUCCUGAUGGUCAGAUCUUGAGUAAAUGUCUGCUGAUACCCAAGUAACCGCCACCCAAGUUUUCUAUUGCUGUGAAACAAAUUACCAAAAAUUUAGUGAUUUAAAACCACACACAUUUAUUAUCUUAGUUCAGGAUUCUAGGCAUGGCUUAGCUGAUCCUCUGCCAAGGGUAUCACAAAGUAGCAUUCAAGGUGUCAGAUGGUCUUUCUUCCUUUCUUCAGCUCGGGGUCCCCUUCCAAGCUCAUGUGGUUGUUGGCAGUCUUCAGUUUCUUGUGCUUGGCCUGAGGUCUUGUUUUUUGCUGGUUGUCAGCCAGACAACACUGUCGGUUCCUAGUGGCUUCCCACAGUUCCUUGCUGUGUGGCCCUCUCAUGAAUCCUCUUACAGCAUGGCAGCUUACUUCCUCAAAGAAGAAUCUCUUGCUCUAGUCUGAUUAGCUGGAGUCUUAAAAAAAUGUAAGGUAAUAACGGGAAUGACACUCCAUUACCUUUGCCGUAUUCUACUGACAAGAAGCAAGUUACAGGGUACCCCCAAACUGAAGGGGAGAGGAUAGGACAGGGACAUGACUCAUUGUGUCUGCCACACUCAGGUAACCGAAAAUUUGGGUUCUCAAAAGGGCUAAAAACUUCAAGCCAGGGAAAAGAAAACUCCAGCAGUCACUAGAAGUGACUAUAGGGACAGCCCGUUGAGCGUACUAGGGUGCGGAUGGAAGGCUCCCCAUAAGCCAGGCCAGUCAAAGCCAAUCCAGGGGAAUCCUUGUGGGGUACUGGAUUAACUCAAUUAGCCUUUUUUUCCUUGACAUUUUAUUUCAUGCCCUUUACUGCUCUACUUUUAACUUGUUCAAAUGCAGCUUAAUAUCAGAGAAAUGGAGAAAUUUCAUUUUAUUUUCAGUGAAGUCCAGAGACACUUGGAGAGCAUUUUUCAGUUACAUCACUGUUUUUUAAAGAAGUAUCUCUAGCUGCUUGAAAAUCUUUUUUAAAAAUCAAUUUUUAAUAUAAAGGUAAUAAAGAUAUAAAGUUCAUGAUAGAAAAUUAGGGAGAUACAUAAAAACAUAAGGAAAAAGGAAAAAUAAUCCAUAAUACCAAACUCCUAGAAAAGUCAUUAAAUUUCUUCUAAACUUCAUUUCCUAAGUAAAGGGUUAUGGGGUGAAAAAAAAAUUUCUGUCUUCUAAAUCAAGUGUCAGAAACAACUUGAAUUUUGUGGCCAGAACAUAUUGACACUACAGUUGGUAGACUGGUUCUUAGUUCAAAGGAUUGCAGUUUACUUAAAAAAACCCAAAACAUAAUUGGGACAUGACCAGUGUGAAGACACACUCCUGAAACAGAGUAUGCAACCCAGAUCACAUGUAGAGUGCUUUGGGUGUAGAUAGAUACUUUGAACAACCAGGGUCCCUGCAGCCAGAACUUUUGGUUUACCGUAGUGAUGUAUCACUCAACCCUGCCAUUUAGAAGUUAUUACGAAAUAGGGCUUAACAUUCUUGAUGGAAGUAGAUUUAUUCUUCUGGGUAGCCCUGUAUCUGCAUUUGUUAAGGGCACUUGUUUUGCUCAUAGUGUCUGUGCGUGUGCGCACAUGUAUGUAUAUUUUGCAUAUUUGGACCCACAGAUAUUUAGGAGUCGGAAUCAACGGGCAUUAGGUUUUUUACAUAUGUUUGGGAUUUUUCUACACUGUGCUGUUGGAGGUAGUAGGGAAAAGAUACAGAAAAGACGAAGAUAAAGUUAAUUGUUUAAAAUGCCUAUUUUUAAAUUGAAAUUUUUAUUGAGAUUAUUGUAGACUCACAUGCAGUUGUACAUACUGUUUUUAAGUCCGCUGAGCUGUGCUUGCAUGGGUAGAAGGACAGAGACCUAGACCAGUGCUUGUCAAACUUCCAUGUGCAUAAGAAUUGCCUCUGAAUACACAGAUUCUGAUUCAGUAGGACUGGGGUGGGGACUGAGGUUAUGCAUUUCUGACAAGCUUCUGAGGGACUCCCAGCUGCUCUGUGGGAGAAAGAUAAUGGCAUUCUGCUUCCCUAAAGAUUACAGCCAUGGAAACCCUAUGGGGCAGUUCUGUUCUGUCCUGUAGGGUCACUGUGAGUUGGAAUAGACUUGACAGCAAACAACAAGCUUCUAGGUGAUGGGAUGCUGCUUGUUUAUGGACCACACUUUGAGUAGUAAGGUCCACUUUUAGGGAGUAUAGGAUUCUUCACUAUUUCGGGGAAUUUUAAAAAUUUUUGUUUAAGGUUUUCUAAUUUUGAACCUAAAUCUCUCUGAGAGCCUGUAGUCUCCGUGUCCCCCCUCCCCUCACACACACACACUCCAGGACUAUUCUCAAUCUGAGUUCUCUCCAUUUAGAAGGAAUGUUUGUCACACUGGUCGUUGUGGUUUACUCCACAUGUGUGUUGAGUGCCUCCCAUUUGGCAGUCUCUGCGGGAGUGCCGAGGGUACACUGGUGGAAAAUCACAGGGCUCUUGCCCCGUGGCGCUUGCCCUCUAGUGCAGCACUGUACGAUAGAACUUUCUGUGAUGCUGGAAAUGUUCUAUAUCUGCACUGCCCAGUAGCCACUAGCCACCUUUGGCUUAUUGAGGACUUGAAAUAUGGCUACAACAUAAGAAUUGAAUUUUUUAUUUAAUUUAAAUAUAAACAGAUAUCCACAUAACUAGUGGCUGCCACAUUGGGCAGCACAGGUCUGGUGAAAGAAACAAGGCAUUCAACAGUCAUAGAAGAUGUUUCCAGGAAAAAUUUAUUUCCUCUUUGUACUUGAUAUUAACAUGUAUCUGGGGUCAGAAAGGUUGUAAUAGAGAUCUUGUCAGAUAGCAUAAUUUAAAUUAUCAUGGCUGUUAAGCAAGGCCUGCUUUUAAUGGGUCAUGAUGGUAGACAGUCUAGCUUAAUGAUCUAAAAGAGAAUCUUUUGGCUUCCCUUGUGUAUAAAGCAGACUGCAGCUGGUGACCUUGGUUGUCAGGAGGAUUUAAGCACCUUUCCCUUGAUACACUUUGGCCAUUUGGCAUUUGAGCUAGAUUAAACUAGAUUGAAGUUGAGUCGGUGUAAAUAGUUUCAUAUUUAAUGAUUAAAGAUUUUACAACACUGAAUUUCCCAGCCAAAUAGAAUUUUUAUUUUCCACCUUUUUUUUUUGUGUGUGUGGCUACUUUGUCUUCUAUUUCUGCCAUGGUUAUUUUUUGUUUUUAAUUCUUCAGAGGUGAUUCCUCAGGUUCUUGCACUGUGGCUGUUAAUUCUUCUAUAUUGUUUUCAUGCUCUGCUUUUGGCUUAUAUGUUUAAUUGUAGAAUGCACUUAGUACCUGGUUGCUAAAUUUAUUGCAGCUUGUGUUUAAUGCAGCUUGGUUAUGAGUUAGUUAAUGGGUGGCCUGGAGAAUGUUUCAACGUUGUUAGGUGACAUGCCUAGCCGAAGGGCUGAGCUUUUUAGCUUCUGAACAACUUGUUGAAAUCAUAAAAUGCAUUCUUUGGAUCACUUGGCUUAGAUUUUAUCCUAAUCUGGUUUUCCCAGAAGAGACCAGCUAUAGGAAAAGGCUAGAGAAACACACACUUUCAUUAGUGUUGCUUCCAAUUCUAGGCAGACUUUUUGACCCAUUAGAAUCAGCUCGUUAUCACCUGCAGGCUAAGUAAGUAAACUCAAAGGUUAAAAGUCAGGCAUCUACCUCAAUGUUAUCUCUGCUUCCAAUUUUUGUUCAGUCAUUGAGUCAGUGUUUGAGAGCUGAACUCUGUGCUAGGUGCUGUGGACUAAGUAUUAAUGAACUUCCUCUCCUGUCAUUGGAGUACCAUGUGUUUUUUGCUAAAUGAGUUGUUCUUUGUCCUGUGUCCUGGCCUUUUUUGUUUACAAACACAGAGACUCCUCUGGCCACCUUAGGACCAGGUGGUUUGUUGUCAGGGAACCAUGGGCCAGAAUGAGUGUGGUGGCCAGGCUGGGGGGGCCUCCUCUCUGUCUCACUCUCACAGCAGCUCUGUCCCUCUGUGGGUCUGCUCUGUUUUCCUUCUCCCUCCUGGCCCAUCCUCUGUUUAUCUCUUGUCUUGAUUCUGGAAACCACUUGAGUGGUUGCUGUUGCCCUUACUGGGCGGAGCCUUUCACCCCGCCUCUCUGGGGAGGAGGGGGAUUGCUGGUCAGCCUAUGAAUGGUCCUCCCUUGGGGUGGGUACCUCCUGCCCUCAUCAAGGGAGUGGCCACCUCUAUGCUUCCACCCCUACUGCUCUGAGUGCAGAAGUUAUAACCAAAAGGAGAGUUCUACUGUCUGCUGGUGUCUUAGGGUAGUGUUGGGGAUGGGGUAGGGGUGUUUGGUAAAUAUUUGCCAGUGGAUGCCAGAAUGGGAUGUAAACUGGCUGAUGGCCUGGUGAAUUGCUGGCUUUUUUUUUUUUUUUUUUUUU